CUAACAUGUACAGAUAUGACUGUACAUUCAUCGAGGUAUUCAUUUACAGACAGGAAGCAAAGAAGAGAGAUGUACUCUUGCUUUUUUGGCUAUUCUUACACAGGCUAUCUUAGGAUUUUGCUACUCUUCUUUGCCUGGCGAUAUGUCCACAACUACCCUGUGGCGUUUAUUGCCAUCUACUCUUUGCAAGUCAUCCUUGAUUGGGCUGAUGGCUGGGCAGCGAGGAAGUUUAACCAAGCCACCACAUUUGGAGCAUGGUUUGAUGUUGUUAUUGACAACGUAGGAAGAGGGCUGCUGUGGUGUCACAUACACAAGAUGGGAUACCUUGUCAGUGCUCUGGAAUGGUUAACAUUCGUCUGUACACAUCAAGCUGGCCGAAAUUGGAGACAAUCUAUGACCAAAGCACCCUGGCUAGUCAGAAAGACCAUGGCUGAUGGCUUCAAGACGCCCCUCGGCAUUCUUGUGAUAGCCGGACUGCAUGCGCUGCCCAUCUGUGUGUAUGCGGUCACGACGGGCGUUCUACCGCAGGCUUCGUUCGACGCUGGCAUAACGCUAGUCCUUGCCACCAUCCUCGUCGUCGGUAGAACGCUGUGUGCGGUGGUCGAGUUGUGGUGUAUUGGAGCUCACGCGCAUCUCUUGCUUAAGGAAGACUAGCAUAGGUAGGUGUGUGUGGACACUUCUGCUUCUCUGUAUGCAUGGUCACUGAAGCAGGGCUACUGCAACAUGGACAACAAGAAGCUUGAAAUCAUGGAAGAGCAAGAUAAUGGUGUAUCUAAUAGUGAUGAUUUGUAAUUAGGGAUAAUUUGUAUUUUACUCUUGUGAUAACUGCUGGUGAAUGUUCUUAUCUCUAUUUUAUCCACACGGCAGUUAGGGUUGAAAACCAAUUAAGUGAAUUGUGCGUCUGAUAGGUGAAGAAUGGGAAUAUAGCACUAUACAGUUCUACAAGAGAAGAGCACACUAAUUUAUCAGUAAAGUGAUGAAUAGAAGGGAGAAUUAAGGUUCUUAUAGCUACUGUUCAAUCAUACCAGUAUUAUCCGUCCUUUGUUUCUACUUACCUCACAUUUUUAUGAACAAAUGUGUAACUUUUUAUGGCCCACACUAUUAUGCAUUCAAAUAAUUAUACAUUGAAUUAAUUGUACAUUGCAUUUCAUAUCCACGUUUAUAAUGAUUAGUAAUAAAUUUUCCAUCUGAGCUUGUAUUUGCAUUUGAAUGCAUAUGGGCACGUUUGUAAAUUUGGUGUAAUAAUUAUUUUUUAACAUCACUAGUGAGUGCAGGUGGGUGCAUAGGAGUGUAACACAUCAACAAACUGUAAUCAUGGUCCAGAAUAUCACUGGUUAGCAGUGGUUGCAGGGUUUCUUUUAAUAGUUUUGACAUUUUAUAUAUUGUUAGUGUUAUUUUAUACUGUGCUGAAUGCGAGGACUUAACAAUAAAAAUGUGUAAGCAAAUUUCAA